AUGAAAGGGUGCGGCGCAGGGACGGGCGCCGCUCCUCCGGCGGCUCGCCGGAAGAAGGACGCCGACGACUGCAAGAAGAGAGGCCUGAAGGGCGGAUUUCCCUCGUAUUCCUCGCCGGUGCAGCCGCCCGCUUGGGGGCUCCUCAAGAGGGCAGCCCUCUGCGCCGCUGUCCUCCUCUGCGCCGCCUACGGACUCUACCUCCUCCGUCUUCUCCCCUCCCGCUGCCGCCUCCAUCCCCCCCGCCGCCUCCACCGGGCGGCGGACGCUCACAGCUCCGCCAAUAACGCCCCUGCCCCCGCCGCCGCCUUACCCGCAAGCCCUCUUCUUCUUCUUUUUCCUUCUCCUCCUCCUCCUCCUCCUCCUCCGGCGGCGGCGGUGGCGGCGGCGACGUCGUUCCGGCACAUCGUCUUCGGCAUCGCGGCGUCGGCGCGGCUUUGGGGGAAGCGCAAGGACUACAUCAAGCUCUGGUGGCGCCCCGGGGAGAUGACCGGCUCCGUCUGGCUCGACAAACCGGUGAAGACCCACCGCCGGGAGGCGGCGCUGCUCCCCACCCUCCGCCUCUCCGGUGACACCUCCCGCUUCCCCUACACCCACCGCGGAGGCCGUCGCUCCGCCGUCCGUAUCUCCCGCAUCAUCUCCGAGACUCUGCGCCUCCCCGAGCUCCCCGCAGAGGCCCGCUGGUUCAUCAUGGGCGACGAUGACACCGUCUUCUUCCCCGAGAACCUCCUCCGGGUCCUCUCCAAGUACGACCACCGCCAGCACUACUACAUCGGCGCCGUCUCCGAGAGCCACCUCCAGAACAUCUUCUUCUCCUACGGCAUGGCCUACGGCGGCGGCGGGUUCGCUGUCAGCCGCCCGCUGGCGGAGGAGCUGGCGGCGAUGCAGGACGGCUGCCUCUCCCGCUACCCGGCCCUCUACGGCAGCGACGACCGCAUCCAGGCCUGCAUGGCGGAGCUCGGCGUGCCCCUCACCAGAGAGCCGGGGUUCCACCAGUACGACGUCUAUGGCAGCCUGCUGGGGCUGCUGGCGGCGCACCCGGUGGCGCCGCUGGUGUCGCUGCACCACCUCGAUGUAGUGGAGCCGGUGCUACCCGGGAGGUCGCGGGUGGCGGCGCUGAAGCAGCUCUUCGACGGACCGGCGAGGCUGGACGCUGCGGCGCUGAUGCAGCAGAGCAUCUGCUACGACGGCGAGAGGCGGUGGACGGUGGCGGUGGCAUGGGGCUACGUCGUGCAGGUGAUAAGGGGGGAGAUGUCCCCGAGGGAGGUGGAGAUGCCGACGAGGACCUUCCUGAACUGGUACCGCAGGGAGGACUACAAGGCCUACGCCUUCAACACCCGCCCCGUGGCCCGGAACCCCUGCCAGAAGCCCUUCGUCUUCUACCUCACCUCCGCCGCCUCCAACGGCACCGCCGCCGCCGCCGCCACCACCACCACCACGGUGACCCACUACGCUAGGUACCCCGGGGAGCGCCCCCACCCGCUCUGCCGGUGGAAGAUGGCGGAGCCCUCCGCCGUCAAGAGGGUCGUCGUCUACAAGCGCGUCGACCCUCACCUCUGGGACCGGGUAAUCAAUCAAUCCUCUUCCUCUUCUUCUUCCUCUUCCUCCAUCGCCGCCGCCACCUUCUGAAACUUGUUGCUGACAGGCGCCGAGGAGGAACUGCUGCAGAGUGCGGCGGGCAGGAGGCGAGAGGCCGGUGAUGGCGGUGGAGGUGGGCCUCUGCCGGGCCGGAGAGAUCAGUGAGCCCCACCGGGAACCGCCGUAA